CAAUCUCAAAGUCAAGGUCAUCAUUUGUGAUUUGCCCAUCAAGCAUUCUAUACUGAGCUCCAAGCUGCUCUCAACUGAAAAAUCUGUGACCAUAAAACCUUAUCGAACAAUUAAUUUAAUGUCAUCUUUACAUGUUGUCCAAUCCAAAGCACUAUGCAUCACUCUUAACUCAAUGUAUUUCAACUAAAGAUUUAAACUUUGGUAAAAUUCUUCACGCACAUUUCAUAAAAACCUCCCUCAUUUUCAAUUCCUUCAUCUCUAACCGCUUGAUAGAGUUGUAUUCCAAAUGCUACAACAUUGAGAGUGCUCAAAAAGUUUUUGAUGAUUUCCCUGAUAAGAAUAGCCAUUCCUGGAAUGCAAUUAUUUCUGGCUAUUCUAAAACCGGUCAGUUUGAUCAUGCAUACCAACUGCUUGAUAAAAUGCCUGAACCAUAUAUUGUGGGUUACAAUUCUGUGAUUUCUGGGUUGGUUCAUCAUGGGUUUUAUGAAGAGUCUUUGUGUUUUUUCUCGACUAUGCACAAAAUGGGUAGUGGGUUUGGUUUGUUUUUGGAUGAAUAUACAAUAUCUAGUGCUGUUAGUAGUUGUGCUGUUUUGGGUGCAAUUAAGUUGUUGCAUCAGUUUCAUUGCGUGGCGAUUGUGCUUGGAUUUGAGUUUGAUGUUAAUGUAUGCAAUACGUUAAUUAAUGCGUAUGGAAAAUGUGGUAAACCUGAUUUAUGUUACUCGAUAUUUACUCGAAUGCCUGAACGAGAUGUUGUGUCGUGGACCUCAAUGGUUGUAGCUUAUGCCAAGGCAUCUAGGUUGAAUGAUGCUUGCCGUGUUUUUCAUCAAAUGCCGGUGAAAAAUACAGUAUCUUGGACUGCAUUGAUCACAGCGUUCUCUCGGAAUGAGCAAGGAAUAGAAGCCUUGAAUCUUUUUGAUCAGAUGCGGAAGGACGGAGUUCAACCUAACGUGUUCACAUAUGCUGCUGUUCUAGGUGUUUGUGCAGAUUUAGCCCUCAUAGAGAAAGGAAAACAACUUCAUGGCCGCAUUAUUAGAUCAAAUACCAGAGCUCCAUUGUUCAGUACAUUUGUCUUUAAUGCUAUGAUUGACAUGUAUUGCAAGUGUGGAAAUAUGACAGCAGCAAUGCUGCUAUUUGAGAAGUUGCCAGACAAGAAAAAUGAUGUUUCUUGGAACUCCAUAAUAACUGGGUUUGCUCACAAUGGACAUAUUGAGGAAACUCUUGAAAUGUUUAAACGGAUGAUUGCAGAAAAAGUAAAGCCCAAUGAAGUGACGUUCCUUGGAGUACUAUCUGGUUAUUGCCACACAGGGUUAGUAGACGAAGGCAUGAAAGUUUUCGACUUAAUGUCAGAGCAUGGUUUGAAGCCAAGUUUGGCUCACUAUGCAAUUUUGAUCGAUUUGCUCGGAAGGAAGAACAGACUAAACGAGGCAGUAGAGUGGAUUGAGAGAGCUCCUGGUGGCUCCGAUCACGUUAGAAUAUGGGGUGCGCUUCUAAGUGCUUGUCGAGUCCAUGGAAAUACAGAUCUUGCUCACAAGGCUGCCAAAACUCUUUUUAAGUUGGAGCCUCAAAAUGCUGCUAGGUAUGUUAUGCUAUCUAAUGUUUAUGCAGCAGGAAAUAGAUGGGAUGAGACCUGUCAAAUGAGAAAACUUGUCGGUGAGAAAGGAUUGAGGAAACAUGCGGGCUGUAGUUGGAUUGAAGUGAAUAAUACUAGGCAUGAAUUCAUGGCCGCGGACAUGGUACAUUGUUCUCGCGAACACGUAUAUGAAGUAAUUCAUGAACUGGUAGAUCAAAUGAGUGAAAAGGGAUAUCUUUCCUGUAUUGAGAUAGACCUCGAAGGUGAUUGUUUUUGAGAACCGUAUUGAAAAUAGCACUCCAAUUUUUUUCCGAUAAGUUCAUAUGUAGUUUCGUUGCGAGCUAGUAUUCCAUAGUGUUGAUUCCUAAACUGAUUUGACUGUAGAACUUGCUAAUGAAGGAAACGUCAUGUAUGAUCCCAAAUUUAUGCUCAAUAGUUUUGGAUAGCACAAUACAUGUGAGUAUUCCUUGUAUUGAGAUAGGCGAUAGGCCUUGGAGAAACUGAAGCAAAAUCUCAAAAUAGUUUAAACAAAACUAUUUGGAUCUAAUUUCUUCAAUCCUUCAAUUUUAUGUCUAAAUAGAAAAUAAGAAAAUCAAAAAUGGCUAUUAAAGACA